GCCAUGGCGAUGAGGGAGCUGGUGGAAGCGGAGUGCGGGGGCUCCAACCCCCUGAUGAAGCUAGCUGGCCACUUCACCCAAGACAAAGGCCUGCAGCAGGAGGGGCUCCGGGGACCCCUGGCGUGGCCCCCCGCGGCUCCGGCACAUGAGGGGGUGUCUAAACCUCUUGGAAGAGCCUCAGAAGAUGAGCUGGUGGCGGAAUUCCUUCAAGAGCAGAAUGGCCCGCUGUUGUCUCGCGCCCCACAGACGUUCAAGAUGGACGAUCUCUUGGCUGAGAUGCAGGAGAUUGAGCAGUCCAGUUUUCGGCAGGCCCCUCAAAGAGCUCCAGGGGUGGCGGCCCUGGCUCUGUCGGAGAACUGGGCGCAGGAGUUCCUUGACGCUGCUGACAGUACGGUUGACGUUGCGGCGGAUUAUAAUGAAGCUGACUGGUCUCAGGAAUUCAUCGCGGAGGUUACAGAUCCCUUAUCGGAGUCGCCUGCCAAGUGGGCGGAGGAAUAUUUGGAGCAGUCAGAGGAGAAGUUGUGGUUGGGCGAAUCGGAAGACCAAACGCUGGCCGAUAAAUGGUACGAGGAAUACCAGCCUGAAGAUGACCUUAAGAAAACAGCCAACGAUUUUCUGGCAAAAGUGGACGACCCCAAACUGAGUAAUUCUGAGUUCCUAAAGUUUGUCCGCCAGAUUGGAGACGGGCGGGUGUCCAUCGAGGCCAACCAAGUGACCAUUGCCCCCAGAGACCAGGAUCAGGCAGAGCAAUGGGCAACUGAGUUUAUACAGCAGCAGAAUGCGUCUGAAGCCUGGGUUGAUCAGUUCACGCACGCCGGGGACACGUCGGGCCUGGACGCCGAGUUCGAGCAAGCCAAGACGGCUGUGGAGUCGGAUGUGGAUUUCUGGGACAAACUGCAGGCCGAGUGGGAGGAGAUGGCCAAGCGGGACGCAGAGGCCCACCCUUGGCUGACGGAUUACGAGGACCUCGCCAGCUCCUCUUACGACAAGGGAUACCAGUUUGAAGAAGAUAACCCGGUCCGUGACCACCCACGUGCCUUUGAAGAAGGCCUGAAAUGCUUGAAGCAAGGGGACCUUCCCAACGCCGUGCAGUUCUUUGAGGCUGCGGUGCAGCAGAAUCCUGAGCAUAUGGAGGCCUGGCAGUACCUGGGAACGACGCAAGCAGAGAAUGAACAAGAACUUGCAGCGAUCAGCGCUCUCAGGCGGUGUCUGGAGCUGAGCCCUGCAAAUCUCACGGCGCUCAUGGCUCUGGCGGUCAGCUUCACCAACGAGUCGCUGCAGAAGCAGGCCUGUGAAACUCUGCGUGACUGGCUGCGUCACAAGCCGGCCUACGCUCACCUGGUGGGGAAGGAGCCUCCAGGAGAAAGCCAGGGCCUUGGGCCUUCCAGACGUAUCCUGGGUUCCCUCUUAACGGACUCACUCUUUGUCGAAGUGAAGGAGCUGUUCUUGGCAGCGGUGAGAAGCAACACCUCCACCGUGGACCCCGACGUGCAGUGUGGCCUGGGCGUUCUCUUCAACCUGAGCGGCGAGUAUGAGAAGGCCGUGGACUGCUUCACCGCGGCGCUGAGUGCACGCCCAAACGACCACCUCCUGUGGAACAAGCUGGGUGCCACCUUGGCCAACGGGAACCAGAGCGAGGAAGCCGUCGCAGCGUACAGGCGGGCCCUGGAACUACAGCCGGGCUACAUCCGCUCCCGUUACAACCUGGGCAUCAGCUGUAUCAAUCUCGGAGCUCACAGAGAGGCCGUGGAGCACUUCCUGGAGGCCUUGCACAUGCAGCAGAAGAGCCGGGGGCCCCGAGGGCAGCAGGGCGCCAUGUCCGACAACAUAUGGAGCACCCUGCGCAUGGCCCUGUCCAUGCUGGGCCAGAGCGAUCUCUACUCGGCGGCGGACUCCCGAGACCUCCCGGCCUUGCUGCAGGCUUUCGGCCUCCAGCAAUGACUCUGGGACGGGCUCCCCUGCGAGUGCGGGACGGGCCCUUACCAACG